CUGAUUUCGGGUUCAUCAGUCGAAGCUUCAAUAGCAUUUAUCAAGUUUCCUGGAGCUUUCUUGAUAUCAUAUGAAGAUGGAUGACAUAGCUGAACUAGAGAGCAAACUGCACACAGCUGCAACAAUAGGAAAAUCAUUGCUAGAAGAAAAUUCUUCUCUGAAAGAUGAACGAGAAAAACUGAUUAAAGAGCAUAGUAUAAAAGCAGAGGAAUGGGAACAAGAGAAGUAUUCUCUGAUGAUGAAAGUGGAAAGUAAAGCAGAUACAGAGAAAUGGUAUAAAGGGGAGAUUGCUCAAAUGAAGCGUGAUAUGGCUAGAGACAAUGAAGACCUGUCUACACAAAUUGAAAUGGAAAAACACAAACUGCAACAACAAGUUCGUCUGGUCAGCAAGCUUCAGUCAGAGUUGGAUCAGUCCCAUAGUGUAGAGAACCAACUGAGGGACCAGAUUACCCAGUUAGAAGCCCUAAUGGAGAGGAAUAUGAACCAGACAGCAGACAUUACAUCCCGCAGUUUUGAUUCUGAGGAAAUGGCUGACUUACAGAUGCAAAUUGUGAACCAGUUGGAGGAAAAUAAAAACCUGGAGAAAAAAUAUAUUGAAAGAUGUACAGAGUUACAGCAACAAAAAAGUGAUGUGGAACUGCUGAGUCAGCGCCUCACAAAGAAGGAUGAGGAGAUAGAAGAAGUCCAGUGUCAAGCCUCCUCUUAUGCCUUAUCACUGGACCGAGCUCGGAGUGAGAUUAAUGAACUAAGGGCGGAGAUAGAUGCGAUGAGAGACUCUGAUGCUAGUCAUGGAUUUAAGGGCAAUUCUCUCUUCUCAGAAGUUGAGGACCGCCGUGUUGAUGCUGAGAAGAAACUGAUCUCCCUAAAACAUAAGUGUGAAGCUCAGGAAUUAAUCAACAAAAAACACACAACAGAAAAUCGCAAUCUCAGGAACCAGAUGAUGAUCCUCCUCCACUCAAGUAGAGGGGAAGCAGACAGUGACCGCAUCAGACAGCUGGAGUCUCAGCUCUCCCAGACUCGCUCGAAAGUCACACAACUCAUGGAGGAAAAAUAUGCGCUAGAGAAGAAAACGAAAAAUCAGACGGAAAACCUCUUUGACCAAUUUGCGGCAAUGGAUACAAAGGAAAAUACUGAGAAAGCUGGUGACAAGGCUUUCACUAAUUAUCUCAUUGCCAUGGUAAAAGCCAAGGAUCAAGAAAAUGAAAACUUACAGAGUGAGUUGCGAUGUGCAGACAUACAGCUCUUAGACACAAAGAAUGAGAAAUCAAAGUUGGAAAGAAAAUUACACAAUGCUGAAAGUGACAGAGAAAAAAUUCACAAUAAAUGUCUCCGUAUGCAGCUGAAGUAUGAUGAACUUCAACAGAAGUAUGAUCCAGAAUCUGUGAAAAACAAAGGUGCUUGCAAGAAAAAGUAUAUCACAGAGAAACUACAAGUUGACGUUCUUCCUGAACAGACCAUUAACAUGAGUCGUAGAGAAGUCACUUCUCAACCAAUGCCUGAAAAGUCCGUAUGUGAUACUGGGGUUCCCGAGACAGACGAAAAUAAACCGCCUCCAAAUGGUAGUCAGUCAGACAUCAUGUUAAACAAUGUUCCAAAGAAAGGUGUGAGUUCCAAAGGGAGGUCUGUGUCUAUAGCUGACAGUGUAACGGUGGUAGAUUGUGAGGGGGAAAAGAGAAGUGGCAAGCUCUCUUCAAACUGUGAUCGGGAAAAUAAGGACAAGUUGAUGAAGGAAUCAGCUCCUUCAAAGCCAAAGGGACAGCGAAUGACCAAAGUGAUUAAGCCAUGUGAGGAAACAGAUAAUACUGAAGCAUGUAAAACACAGUGAAGAUCUGUAACUAAAGUGACUGAAGAGAACAGACUGUUGAC